AAUGAGUGCAAUCAAAAUGUAAUGCAAGCCGAGACGAAUGCACGUAGAGAGAAAAUAAUCAUACAAAAUCAAAUGAUUAUAAACACGCAACAGCAACAGCAGCAGCAACAACAGCAACAACAGCAGCAAGCACAUAUUAAUAAAAAGUUUAAGAAACAUGCACAACAGUCAACUUUAUUUUCUACCACCGCGGCGAUGGCCACCGGCAACAAUAACAACAACAACAAUAAUAAUAGCAACAACACCAACCAGAUGGGCAAUAGCAAUAUUAGUAACAACAACAAUAGCAACAAUAAUCGCAAUCAAAAUGAGAUUUCCCAUUUAUUUGCACACUCCCCCACGGCAGCCACAUACGUUCAAGCGCAACUUAACGGCAUCAAUUUCGCUGCUGAUAACCAAACCGUUAUUACAGCCGUCUCUCCUAGCAACAACAACACCAAUAACAAUAACAACAGCAACAAUGUGAACAUGAAUUCCAAUAUCAACAGUUUGUCCACACCCAACAACAAUCACAGCAACAACAGCAGCAGCAACACCACCAACAUAAAUUCGAAUGCCACAAUCACCAACACCGCCACAAAUAAUGCAACACAAGCCAUCGCAACUGGUGGCAACAGCAGUAAUGGUGUACCGGUCGUCACCUACAAUGGCAAUCAAUAUUGUGUAAUCACGCGCAAUGACUCCGGCAGCGCCGCUGAGAAAUCGGAAUUAGUACAAAUUCACGGCCAAUUCACUACCGACAAGGAGGGCAAGACGAAUAUAAUUCUGAUGUCGCCCGUUUCGGUGCCGAUGCAAAUGCAAAUGCACGUGCCAAUGCAAGUGGAAGUGCAAAAUCCCAAUUGAAUGGAGACACAGCAGUGUGGUGAGAGCUGGCGCUGAGGCGUCCAGUCACACCGUGAAAUGGUGAAAUGGUUUACCAGGAAUGGUGAUUUGGUGUAUUGAGUGUGGUUUGUGGUAAUUGCUGUCAGCCAAAAGGCACUAACUUUGUAGGCGUUCCAUGCAGCUAGCCAGGCUGUUAGUCAGGAAGGCAGCAGCGGUGGUAUUGUAAUAAAUUAGAUAUUGAAAUCAGCAAUUCCAAAAUAGUUUUUCAAAUUUCUACUUUUUAAACUCACUUAAGUGGAAAAAAUUAAAAUUUAGUGGUAACUAUGUAUGUAAGAUGUGAAAAAAAACAUUGUUGUGUCGCAAUUGAACAAGUUUAUUUUAUACCCAAUGCACGCGCCGUAGGUGGAUGAUAUUAAUGUCAUGCAAAAACCAAACGAAAGGCCAUAGAACGAUAAGUACAGAGAAUCAGCUUCACAAAAUUAACGGACUGAUCAUUUAAGAACAUAUUGGUCUAGUCAAAUACUUCAAGAAUUGAGUGAGGUUUUCAAAAAAAUUAUUUCAAAUUGUUCGAGAAUCCUAAUAUCUCUUAAGUUUUUUCCUAGAAGGAACUAGUAUGCCCUAGAAUAUAUCCAUAAUUCAGAUCACUUGCUUCACAAGGUCAGAAGCAAGAUGAAUUUUUAGAAGCUGAAUUGUCACAUCAUAUGAUUGCUUUUUCUUACUUCCAUUGCAACAAAUUGCACAAACAAAAUACAUACUCGUACAUGAGAAUUAGGUUUUGACUUCUCGAACGUUCGAUUACACAAACAAGUUACAUUGGAGUAAUUUCGUUUUUGACAUUUCGAAUCUAUAAAUACACAAACGAAAUACAUGGGCAUUUUGUUUUUAUAUUCUUGCUACUCCCUUGUGUUGGUUUGCCUUGGUACAGAGAAAAAAAUUGUUUCUUGAUAUUUGAGAAAAUUUAAAUUUUUUCGAAAAUGUUAAUAAAUAGAGAUUUUUAACUUGUAGCAUCGAUUGCUGAUGCUUGGCACCCUAUAGCCUUUCUCCAAAUUUUAUUAAGACAAAUUGGUUAUUUAGUCAGAUAUGUACUUUUUUUCAUAAGAGAACUGUUGCUCUUUAUCCAGAAAAUCAUAAUCCAUAUUAUUCAAAUGUUCGAUUCGGAAAAAGGCAAAAAUUUUUCUACAAAAAAAAUAUCCGUUUAUUUUUAUACACUUCAUUUUUGCUUAGGAAUAUAUGUAUGUAUUUAAUUCAUUUCUGUCAAAUAUCUCAAAAGUAAAUUAAGGAAAUGAAGUUUAAUGCUCAUCGUUCUUCCAUUUCUUUCGAAAUUUUGUGAUUUUCUCGAAAAUGCCUCAUUACUUCCAUGGUUUCAACUGAAUUCCACUAAAUUUGUCAUUAUCGAUGGUGUGCGAAAAUUGAUAUUGCAAGGUCAUCAUGUGGCACAUCGAGAGAUUGAAAAAACUCAAGACAUUAGUGGGACCAGCAUAAAUUAGUAUCUUUUAUAAAUUUUCUUCUGUCCGUACCAAUGAAAAUAUCUUUUUCAGUUUAAUUUGAGUUUUUUGUGUUCAAGCUUAGGUACCUCUUUCGACUUCACUGGAACUGUACUCAGUCUACAAUAAUUAUAUUAAUUGUGUUAGAAUGUUUAAAACAUUUUUUCUAGGUCUGUUGAGCUUCUUCUUCCAUAUUUUUGGACGAAGCAUUAAUUGUCCUGUAACUAAACAAUUUUAACUCGCUUCUUUGGGAAUUUGUAAGAUGUUUGCCGUAUUUUCAUAUCAGAUGGAAUUUUAUAUUUUUAGAGACUUCUGAGAUCAUGGACCAUUGCGUCUACCAUACAAAAUCCUUAUCUUUCUAAUGUAAUAUAUUCUUUGAAACGGCUGAGCCAAUUUUCAUGAAAUUUGGUGUGCAUAUCGGCUGGGGGUACGUCGGACAACAUCUAUUUUUCAUACCGGAUUUAGCAGGAAUACUUCAUUCGUUUCAAGGAAGUCGUCUGACCUAAUCGAAAAAAUCCCUUUUAUGGCUUGAAUAAAUUUAUUUAUAUAGAACUGUUGAAAACAAGUUUUUCCUGAAAUGAGAACUGCUGGACCGAUUUGGCUAAAUAUUUAAUAGGAGAAGGUUUUUACGCAUGAAAAUUUAACUUUAUUCCGUAAAGAUUUAAAGCGUUCUAUUGAACGGCAAUAAGAACAUGAGAAAAUGAAAGGAAUGUGCUCUUCGUUGCCUGUUCGCGUUCCGAAAAGCGAUAUCGUUUUCUACCGAUUUCAAGACCAUUUAAAUACUCGAAGUGUAGAAUUUUAAAUUAUAAGUGCUCUUUAACUAUAAUUUAAAAGCCUUUUUUUGAAACUACAACGUACUCUUUUGGAGACCUUGAUGUCAAAUAGAAAAUACAUUGCGGAAGCGAAUAGUGUUAUAUGAAUUUUCAAUAUUUGGAAAAGGCUGAUGGACUUAGUUUAAUACUAUAAGCUUGCAAGAUUUUCUUGCAGAAGUUUCUCCUAUCUCGACAAUUUCGAUAAGAUAUUUUUUCUUAUUUUCCUAUUUAAUAUUUUUUUACUUGCUUAUUUUUUAAUUUUCUUUUCAAUUUCCGUUUAAAUAUUUGAAGCCAAAAAUGUGUACUUCACACUGUGGCUGCGAUAAAAAUUGCAAAUUGAAUUUUAAGUAAAUUUUGAAGCCCACUUACAGCAUGCGUUGGGUAUAAACCGAUUGUAGGUUUAGGAAAUAUUGGAAAAUUGUAAAAGAAAAUUGUAUUGCCAUAAGAUAAAUGAAAAAUAGUUCAAAAUUUUUAUACUCAUUGAAUAUAUAUGUAUGUAUUGUAAUUAUCUCUCUAUCGUUUGCUACGUUAUCUUCAAUGUUGCAAACUUGAAAAGCAAAGAUGAAAACAUAAAUUUGUCAUUACAAAAACGAAAAAGAAAUAUGUAUGUAGUGUUUGGUUUUCACGGCAUGACGUUGUCGCGGCAUACUUAAGUAAAAAAAAAUAAAGAAAAAAUAAAUUAAAUGAUUAAAAAAGGUAAAGUUAAAAUAAUUAAUAAAAAAAUAAAAGAAAAAGUCCACCAAAAAUAGUAAGAAAAAAUUAAAAAAAAAAACAACGCCCUAUUGUUGCAAUAGCUUACCCCUCCUAAAAAUAAUCACUUAAGAAUUGUAAGCGUAAAGAAAUAUUUAUUUAUGUAUUUUAAGAAAAAAAAAAACAAAAAAAAAAUAUUUUUAAAAAAUUCUGUAAAUAACGUAUUAGCAGCAAAAGUGAUUGUUUCAAAGAAUGAAAAAUAAAAAUAAAUAAUAAAUA